AUGUCCACGCUGGGCCUAACUCUUCACACCGACCCUGCCUACCCAACUCGCGUGGGUAACUCCGUGACCCGGGACACCUGUCCGGACCUUACCCUCACAAAAAACAUCAAGUAUGCGGAUUGGGUCAACACCGAGGAGACCCUCGGCAGCGACCACUGCAUACUCAACACCACCAUUCGCACCCAUCCUUUAGCAAAACCCUACGGAGAGGCAAAAUUACCCGAUUACACGAAGUUUCGGCAAAUAUACGCCAAUUCGACACCCAUUGAGGAGCAAGGAUACCAUGCUUGGUCCCAGCAACUGGUUUCCACUCUUCGCUCCACAGAAACACAGAUUAAACUCUCGGAGGCGACUCCGGCGGUAGAUAACCACCUCCUUCACCUCUGGGCGGCCCGGCGCAGCCUCGUCCGCCGAUGGCGCCGGCAAAAACACAAUCGGCAGCUCAAAAUUCGCAUCGCGGAGCUCACCCAGCGAGCAGCAGAGUACGCGGCCCAGCUCGCUGACUCUAACUGGGUGGAGCGUUGCAACACGGCCGCUCGACAAAUGUCCAGCCGGAGUACCUGGCGCCUCUUCCGCGCCUUAAUUGAUCCGACCCAAACUCGAACAGAGACACAAAAGCAUCUGCAACGAGCGUUUCACAGCUUCGACGGAGACACGGCAAAAUUGGCAUGUAAACUCCGAGACCAAUAUCUAUGCACACAGCAAGACUCGCGAGGGCCGGCGUACUCGUAUGCAGGUACCGAGAACGCGGAGCUGGAUCAACUGUUCCAGUUACACGACCUGAAGGCGGCCCUAGCAAAAAUGAGGCGAGGUACGGCACCGGGACGGGAUAAAAUUACCGUGAAAUUACUUGCCAAUCUUCCUGACUCGGCCUACACCAUGCUCCUUGCCUAUAUCAACUCCAUUUGGAUCGGGGAAACAACCCUACCAAUUGAGUGGAAGACCGCCCUGGUCACCUUCAUACCCAAAGCGGGCAAAGCCAUUAACACGGACAACCUCCGCCCCAUCUCCCUUACUUCUUGUGUGGGAAAUUAA